AUGGAGGAGGUGCGGGAAGGACCGGAGCUCGGCGGCGGGAUGGAGGAACCCGCGAGCCCCCAGGAGCCGGCGUCGCCUCCCCCGCCCCCGUCGCCGCCUUCGCCCGCGGCCCCCGAGACCCCCGGGCUCCCCGCGCCCGAGUCGCCAACCGAGGCCCACGCGCGGCAGCUGCUGCUGCAAGAGUGGGCGCCGCCGGGAGGGAUCCUGGAGCUGCCCCCGCGCCUCACCUGGAAGCUGCUGUUCCUGCGGCGGCCGCUCUACCGCAACCUGCUGCGCUCGCCCAACCCCGAAGGCAUCAACAUUUAUGAGCCAGCUCCCCCUACCGGUCCCACCCAGCAACCCCUGGAGGCUCUGGGCAAUUUCCGCGGCUGGCACAUCAGGACUGAGAAACUCCAGCAGAACCUCAGCUGGACGGUGAAGCAGCAGUGCGUGGACCUUCUGGCCGAGGGCUUGUGGGAGGAGCUCCUGGACGAUGAGCAGCCGCGUAUCACGGUCAUGGACUGGUUCGAGGACAGCCGACUGGACGCGUGUGUGUAUGAGCUGCACGUCUGGCUGCUGGCCGCUGACCGCAGCACAGUCAUCGCGCAGCACCACGUGGCCCCCCGCACCUCCGGAAGAGGCCCUCCCGGCCACUGGAUCCAGGUGUCCCACGUAUUCCGCCAAUACGGCCCUGGCGUCCGCUUUGUCCACUUCCUGCACAAGACCAAGAACCGGAUGGAGCGUGGUGGGCUGCGGCGGACUAGGGUGACCGACUCUUCUGUGUCUGUGCAAUUCCGGGAGUGA